UAUUUAAUUAUUUGCCCUCUUGGUCUCUAAUGCUCGAUCAUGGCUAUAUAUACAAAAUCCGUUGCUGCAAAAUUAAAAAUUAACAACUGUUACAUUCUUUUCUGAUUUCAAAGAUGAUGCAAGUUGAGUCUUUUCAGUACUGGCCCGAUGAUUACAAUUCAACAGACUCACCCCUGGAAGAAAUAGGACUUUAUUUUGCAGAAAAGUAUGGCCAAGGGAGCUGCUUUGAGUUCCCUUCUCCAUCAAUCUCCAUGGAGGAUUUCUCCAAUGAUGUUUCUUCAGUUUUGUUAUCCUCUCCUGUAUAUGAUGAUGACGACUCACAUAAUCUUGCAAUUUAUAGUGAUGAUUUGUUUGUUAUGAUCCCAGUGGAGCAAUAUUUACUAAACUUGGAUGAGGUUGAUAUUCCUCUAAAUGAUCAGUUCAUGGCUGAUGAGUUCGAAGAUUUUUCUGAGUUGAUGGUGAGUGGCAGCAGCCCUAUGUCACCACAAUUAUUUGCAGAAGAGGACACUAAGAGCCUGAAUCUGUCACCAAUAUCAAGUGAGGCAUCAUCUAUUGAUGUCUCAGUUCUCCCAUCAGAUCAAACAUUCCUGGUUUUUCCCUCAGAAGAAAUGGAGGUUGAUGACCAAUUGAGCAUUCUUCAUCUGCUGAAGGCUUAUGGAGAAGCAAUAGAGCUGGAACAGAAAGAUCUAGCAACAGAAAUUAUCAGGCGAUUGACAGAUAAGGCCUGUCCAACUGGUGCAACCCUCGAACGUCUUGCAUAUUUUUUGAUCCAGGCCUUUGAGAAGAAAUUAGACUACCUGAGUCAAGAAUCAAGCAAGAACUUUGCCGCGGCUUUCAGAGCCUUCUAUCAGAUUUUCCCUUAUGGAAGGUUUGCUCACUUCACUGCCAAUUCAAUGAUACUAGAAGCUAUUCCUGAGAAUGCUCGGAUAGUUCACAUCAUUGAUUUUGACAUUGGCCAAGGCAUUCAAUGGCCUCCACUAAUUGAAGCACUCGGGAGGAGAGGCCAAUUUUUGGUACAAUUGACUUCAAUAAAAUGGGAGGAAGAGGAUUGCAGUUACUUUCCUCCCACAGACAGCUUUGUGGAGACAAAGAGGAGACUGUAUGAACAUGCACGAAGUUUUGGUGUGAGAUUGAAGAUGGAAGAGAUAGGCAUGGAGAGCCUGGUGAGUGAGAUGAAAACAAGGAGAAGUAGCAGAAGAAAUGAAUGGUUAGCCUUCAACUGCAUGGUUGGUCUCCCUCAUAUGGGGAGACUGAGGAGUAAUAAGCAUGUUAUGGAGUUUCUGAAUGUGGCUAAGGACUGGGUCAAUAACACAGGUGUUAUAACUUUUGGUAAUGUAAGUGAAGGGGAAAGAUUAGACUGCAAUGGAUUUGGGUAUUUCUUUGAAGAGAAGUUGCUUCAACUCCAAGCAUUUUUUGAAUCAAUGGAGUGGCAUUUCCCUGCUCACCUUUCGGAAGCAAGAAUAGCAAUGGAAUGUCUGUUUAUGGCACCCCAAGUUUCUUCCCUUGCUGACUUUCAGAAUUUGGAGGAAAUUAGUACUAGGAAAAGUAUGGCUCUCUCUGAGAUAGGGUUGAAGGCCUGGAGAUUAAGCAGAAAUAACCUUAUGGAGGUUAAGGAGCUGGUGAGCGAAGGUAACAGUCUAUAUUGGGCAAAAAAUACAGGCGAAAAUGAGAUGGUUUUGGGCUGUAUGGAAACUCCAUUGGUGAAAGUUUCAAGCUGGAGAUAAGGAAAUGACUUGGCAGGAGAUGUAUACUAUACUUAAGAAGGAUUACAUUAUUUUGUAGAGAUUGUGAGAAAGGCUGAUACAUAGAUGAAAGCUAUAGAAGUUUUAGCAGACAUUGAUUCAGAAUUUGCUGCAUUAAUUGAUUUGUACAUAUCAUGUUAAGGCAUACACAAUGAUAUUAAUUUUCAAAAUUAUUCUUUUUUUUUUUUAAAUACUAGAUA